AUGAGCACCGCCGGACGGUUUAGUCCAGAUGGGGCGCGGUUCGCGAUUGCCCGGGACACGUUUGUGGAAAUAUACGAUUCGCAAACGCAGAGCCUCUUGGGUCGUCUCGAUGGUCAUUUACUAGCUGUGAACGAUCUUUCGUGGUCGCCAUGCUCACGUUAUGUCGCAUCCGCCGGAGAUGAUUUUCUAGUGAUUGUCUGGUCCGCGUCGACAUUCAAACCUUUGCGAACUUUGAGAGGUCAUACGCAGAGUAUUGCUAGUGUGCGGUUCAAUUACAAGGGAAACUUGAUUGUUUCAACAAGUAUAGACGAGAACCUCAGAGUUUGGGAUGUGCUACAGGCACGUUGUUUAACUAUCCUCGCAGCACACUCAGAGCCCGUGUGCGCAGCUGAUUUCUGCUUCGAUAGUACACUUAUUGUAUCGGGAUCUUACGACGGCCUUGUUCGUCUUUGGGACACGCAGUCCGGACAUUGCCUCAAGACGCUCACUGGAGCCCAGAACAACCCACUGCCAGUUACCUUCACCAGAUUCACACCAAAUGGCCAAUAUGUGAUAGUCGCCAACAUCGAAGGCCAAAUUCAGGUUUGGGACUAUGUAAAUACAAAAAUUGUCAUGCUUUUCGAAGCCCCUCCCGACAAGUUCACGCGCUCUAUCGGAAUACACGACCGCUCACUGAUCAUUGCAACCAGUACCGGUGUCAGGAUACAUGACAUCUCAAGCGGGGAACUCAAAUCUGAGCUAUUGUUCGAAGGUGGGGCUCUUACCGCUGAUAUUAGCGCAGACGGCACAAAAAUAUUGUUUGCUGGUCCUCGCGGGUUCGAGAUAAGGCCAUUUAAUCCCAAUUAACUACAUACUAAUGAAAGGAGACGCGGUCAACGCUAGUCACCAUCAAAGUCGCAAUAUUUUCUUCAAGGCGCUCAUUGACCGUGUCCUCUAAAUGCUUUUUAGGAUCUUGUUUUCCAAUAUAGCGAGUCUUGAGCUGCUCCUCGUCUAACUCCUUCUCUUCACUUACGCGAGUGGUGUACUGUGUCGCGAGCUUGACAAGCUGAGAGACUGCUUCUGCAUUGGCAUGCUCUUGCUGCUCGAAAUCAGUGAUCUGCAACGGCGUCGCCCAGUCAUCUUUGUGGAUAUUCUGAAGCAUUCGCUCUUCAUUGGGGGUCUUUUUAUAAGCAAUGCUGAUCGAGUAGUAGUGCCUGUUGAGCCCAUGAAUCAAAGCCUGGAUGCUUGGCUUGUUCAGGUGGCCCAAGUUGGAGGUGGUCAAGCGCGGUUCUUGUCCCAUCAUCAUGACAGCUUGAGGGAUCAACCGGAAAGCGUCAAUAACUACUUUGCCUUUGACUGACUGGAUGGGAUCCACGACAACCGCCACCGCCCGCGGAUUGAGCCUCUCGAAAGAGUGCUGGGUGUGUAUAUCCACACUCGAAAGCCAGCAUCCGAAACCAGGAUGCGAAUGAUACCAUCCAACAACCAUUUGGUCGCGGCCGGUCUGCCUGAGCAUGUCCAUCAUCCUUGUUUGGAACACCUCAUCCACCGCCUCAACACUUACGCCAGUACCGCUCUGCGGCAUGGCAAAAACGUCAAUGACAUGAACCGUAUAAUCGUCAACGAACUCACCAAGCAUCAAACCCAUCUGUUGUUAGUUUUUGUUCCUCACUGUGUGGCGAUACUCGCCACGACAUCGUACUUACCACUUCCAUAGGCACACCAGCGCGGCCAUGCUUCAGCAUCUUGAGUAAUGCAAGAGACGAUAUAUAAACCGUUUCACUAUUAUCCACGGGUACAGCUUCUCCACCUCCAAGGCCACCCAGGCCGCCGGCCUGGCUCAAUAGCUGUUGGAGAUCCAUGAUGACAAACAGUUGAAG